CAUAGUCUAACUUUUACUCUUCUACACAACUUGCGCAGUUGCAGGAUUACCCAUAGUAUUAAGGAGAAAGUUCCAUCAAUUUGUCUUCCCUCCUGUUGCCCUCACAUUCACAACUUCAUCCACUUUACCAAAGAAAUGGAACGCCAACAAAAAAACACCAGCCCCCAGUCAGUAGUUGGGUAUAUACAUAAUUUAUCGGACCUAAAACAAGGUACCAAAAGGCCAUACUUCGAGGCAGAAAUUCAGCAGAAACACAAAAUUCAGAAACUGGUAGUAUUCAAGCCAGAUCUCUACACACAGUUUAAAACCGUAAAUGAUGACAGAACUCCAGUUUGCCUUCAUGAUGUUGUACUACAACCAUCACGACUCACUGAGGGUACACACGAAGUUCUAUACACUUACAAGUCAACAAUUGCCUCUUUAAAUCAUCUAGACUACAGUUAUAACCCAACACUUUCAAUGACCGAAAAAGACCUCUCCAUUGCAGAAAUACUUAAGGUUAAGACAUCAUAUAGGAGAGUUAAUGUCAAGGCAAAGAUACUACAAAAUAAUGGGCAACACCACAACUUCAUUCAUGAUGGAACCUUUCUCCUCAACACAACAUCCACUAUUGCUGACACUACUGCCUCUAUUAACUUCACUGUGUGGAAUGACACUGACAUCACCAUUGGAUCAUGGUAUUUAAUUUCAAAUGCAUCAAUUCGGCUAUUUAAUGGGGAAACCACUAUCUCCACCACUAAAGACACGGAACUGACUCCAGUAUCCUGUCAGGAUGAGACACACCCAUUACAACACACCACUUUAGAGACACUUUCUGCUGAUAUUGUUGGCGCAAACAUUGACAUUUUGUACCUUUGUCCUCAAAAACACAAAAUCCCGAAUAUGUCACUAUCCAGCACAAAAGUCCAAUGUGAAAAGUGCAACACUUAUUUUAAAUCAGCAUGCAUUACACAUUACACACACGGUACAAUCACAAUUAAAACAGCAACCAACAUCAGAACCCUACACAUUGAAAACAAUCUGAUUAGAUCCGUUGUUGACAUUCCAGAUAACGCCAACACAGACAACAUCAUUGACGCCUUGCUUGCACUACCACCAGUACAUGUCACUGUACACAAAAACAAUUUAACACGCAUCACAACUAUACUCAAUCCUCCUACACUGACAGACAUGCCUAAAAUAACAUUUUCGCCAACCUCACCUGCCCAGGCCUCCUCUUCACAUUAAACUCUAAAUUCCCAUUCACACUUAUGUACUCGUACAUAAAUCAGACACUUGCAUGCAUUAACUUGUGUGUACUUGUACACAAAUCAGACACUUGCAUUCAUAAACUUGCGUACUCAUACAUAACUAUACUUGAACAUUUAUUCAUAAUAAAACACCAUUCAAUGUGGUUUUAAGACACCACUUCACAGAAUCUCAUUUUAUGCAUUUAGGUAUUUUCCAAACCGCUUUUCAUAAAUGAUUGGUUUUGGGCUGGUACUUCGAUUGGCUUAAAGGAGCAUUUCACUCGUAGAAACAAUCUUUUUUUAAAAGUGAAUCAUAUUUGUAGUCAAUGUAACAUACAUUUUGAAUUUUGUGCCUAUUUGGCCAAGAAAAUGGGUGUUUGUAGUCUCAGACCCCUCAAAGAUAUGGACUUCCUCCUUUCAAUGAUGUUAAACUAAUCAUGACGCAACAUAGAAACCAAGAAGUGUAACAUUGAAAUCUGUAUUUUUCCUGUCUCAGCGGCAACUGACAAAAUGAUGCAUGACCAUUCAAAAACAUGACUGCAGUUCUAACAAUACAAAGCUUAAUGCAAAUCAGUGAAUUGUCCCUUUAAGCAAAUAAUUCCAUGUCUUUAAUUUUCUUGUUUUCCGGCUUCUGUUGGCUAUGUUUUGACAUGGAUUCUGACAUGCCUACAUCCAAAAUCUUUUUACCUUGUACCUUGACCAUAUUCCAUUUAAUUGCAUAUAAUGUUUCUAAUGUCUUUUCCUGCUCUUGCUUAUUUACCGUUAUACAAACAAUUGUUUAAAUAUAACUUUCUUUACUGCAAAUUGGCUAUUGUAAACUUGAUGUUUAAUUUUUUCAAACAUAAAUAAAUUG